GCGGUGGACGGCCAUGACACCCUCUUUGCCGCGUCAGAACUGGAGGCCUUGAGCUCGCUGUCCGCAGACCACAGCGUGGCCAAGAGCCUGAACUGCAGCGUGCGGCUCGUCCGCCUUGAGGAGCUGACUGGGCAUCAGGGCGGCCGCAAGGGCCGGCCCGGUGUCUUGUGUGGAAAGGUUGUUCCCAACGAUGCCAAUAUGAUCGUCCACAUGAGGACUCACUCCGGGGAGAAGCCCCACAGGUGUAACCAAUGCACAAAGCGCUUCAGUCAGAGCUCCGCCCUGAAGAGCCACAUGAGGAACCACACGGACAGGAAGCCCUACAAGUGUGACCAAUGCAGGAAGCGCUUCACUCGGAAAUGCCACCUGAAAAUCCACAUGAGGACUCACACCGGGGAGAAGCCCUACAAGUGUGACCAAUGCACGAAGCGCUUCAGUCAGCGCUCCACCCUGAAGGCCCACAUGAGGACUCACUCCGGGGAGAAGCCCUACAAGUGUGACCAAUGCACGAAGCGCUUCGGUCGGAAAUGCAUCCUGAAGAAACACAUGAGGACUCACUCCGGGGAGAAGCCCUACAGGUGUGACCAAUGCACGAUGCGCUUCCAACGGAAAUGCGACCUGGAGAUCCACCUGAGGACUCACUCUGGGGAGAAGCCCUACAAGUGUGACCAAUGCACGAAGGGAUUCAGUCUGAAAGGCACCCUGAAUAUCCACAUGAGGACUCACUCUGGGGAGAAGCCCUACAAGUGUGACCAAUGCACGAAGGGCUUCAGUAUGAAAUGCGUCCUGAAGAUCCACCUGAGGACUCACUCCGGGGAGAAGCCAUACAGGUGUGACCAAUGCACGAUGCGCUUCAGUCAGAAUGGCCACCUGAAGCGCCACAUGAGGACUCACUCCGUGGAGAAGUCCUACAAGUGUGACCAAUGCACGAUGCGCUUCAGUCAGAGCUCCGCCCUGAAGAGCCACAUGAGGACCCACACCGGGGAGAAGCCCUACAAGUGUGACCAAUGCACGAAGCGCUUCAGUCAGCGCUCCGCCCUGAAGGUCCACAUGAGGACUCACUCCGGGGAGAAGCCCUACAAGUGUGACCAAUGCACGAAGCGCUUCGGUCGGAAAUGCAUCCUGAAGAAACACAUGAGGACUCACUCCGGGGAGAAGCCCUACAGGUGUGACCAAUGCACGAAGCGCUUCCAACGGAAAUGCGACCUGGAGAUCCACCUGAGGACUCACUCUGGGGAGAAGCCCUACAAGUGUGACCAAUGCACGAAGGGCUUCAGUCUGAAAGGCACCCUGAAUAUCCACAUGAGGACUCACUCUGGGGAGAAGCCCUACAGGUGUGACCAAUGCACGAAGGGCUUCAGUAUGAAAUGCGUCCUGAAGAUCCACCUGAGGACUCACUCCGGGGAGAAGCCAUACAGGUGUGACCAAUGCACGAUGCGCUUCAGUCAGAAAGGCCACCUGAAGCGCCACAUGAGGACUCACUCCGUGGAGAAGUCCUACAAGUGUGACCAAUGCACGAUGCGCUUCAGUCAGAAUGGCCACCUGAAGACCCACAUGAGGACUCACACCGGCAAGAAGCCAUACAGGUGUGACCAAUGCACAAAGCGCUUCAGUCAGAGCUCCGCCCUGAAGAGCCACAUGAGGAACCACACGGACAGGAAGCCCUACAAGUGUGACCAAUGCACAAAGCGCUUCAGUCAGAGAGGCAACCUGAAGACGCACAUGAUGACUCACUCUGGGGAGAAGCCCUACAGGUGUGACCAAUGCACGAAGCGCUUCAGUCAGAGAGGCACCCUGAAGACACACAUGAUGACUCACUCUGGCGAGAAGCCCUACAAGUGUGACCAAUGCACGAAGCGCUUCCAACGGAAAUGCGACCUGAAGAUCCACCUUAGGACUCACUCUGGGGAGAAGCCCUGCGUGUGUCUGCAGUGCAACGCCAGCUACAGCGACCCAAGCAAUUUGCGUGUGCACAUGCUCAAGCACACUUUGAGACGGGGUAGCGGGACGCUUUGAUUGAGACCUCUGUCUGGUAUUGGUUCUUUAAAUUACUACUUUUUGUUUUUCUUUUCAUCACGAUUAAACGCUUUCAACUUUUGA